AUGCCCGGUGUAUGUGAUGUCGCGAAGAACAUCUCCCGGCGCUAUCCGUGGGUGUCAAGCCCAUGUAUCGUGAGCGCCCCGAUGCGUGUCAUGUCCGGUCCGGCCUUGGCGGUUGCGGUUUCUCACGCUGGCGGUUUGGGAUUUAUAGGACCCGGCGUCAAAACGCAGGACAUGCUGGCUGAUCUUGAAGAGGCAACGGCACUAGUCAACAAAAUGCGGACGUCAUCAUCUAUUUUCAAUGCCCUAUCGGCGGCCGAAUACCCGCUUCCCAUUGGCGUGGGUUUUCAACUCUGGAGUGAUGAUCUUGAGGUCGCGGUAGCAGCAGUUGAGAAAUUUAGACCUUGUGCUGCUUGGCUCUAUGCCCCGCGGGAGGGUCGGAAAGAUUUUGACGCUUGGUCCCUUCGGAUCCGCAAUGCAUGGCCACGGAUCCAAGUCUGGAUCCAAAUAGGAACCCUGGCGGAAGCAAAGGAGCUUCUCAAGUGUUCCGAGCGGCCAGAUGUGAUUGUUAUUCAGGGUGCCGAGGCUGGAGGCCACGGUCGGGCCAAGGAUGGACUCGGACUAUUAUCACUCUUCCCAGAGGUGGCCGAUGCACUGGCAGGAAGCAACAUUCCGCUUUUCGCCGCGGGGGGAAUUGCCGACGCGCGGGGUGCGUCGGCAGCAAUUUGCCUGGGAGCUUCUGGUGUGGUGAUGGGGACGCGCUUCCUCGCAGCCCAUGAGGCGCGCAUCAACCCGGGUUAUCAGCGCGAAAUUGUGCGAGCCAGCGACGGCGCGGUUACAACCACGAGAACAUUGCUUUAUAACCAACUCCGCGGCACCACAGGGUGGCCGGAAGAGUACAGUCCGCGUACCAUCAUUAACAAGUCCUUUAUCGAGCACCAGGGGGGCCGGUCCUUUGAAGAACUGAAGAAGCUGCAUGAUGAAGCCCUUAAGGCCGGUGAUAGUGGAUGGGGACCGGAGGGACGGCUUGCCACCUACGCGGGAGCUUCCAUCGGAUUGAUUCACGAAGUAAAGGACGCUGCGACAAUCGUCCAAGAUGUCCGCAAGGGGGUGCUGCAGAGACUUUCAUACUUGCAAGAGCAUAAACUGUAG